AACAUAGACAAGUUCUCUCUCGCCUGCGAUCCCCACUUGAAAGAAUCUCGGGUUCGUUCUUGGCUCUCUAAUUUGAUAAGGGGUAAUGUUAAAGAGCUCAGUCUAAAGUUAAUCCAAGAUGGAGACCACCCGUUGUUUAUACCACUGUCUCUUUUUACCUGUGAAUCACUGAUAUCGUUGGAGCUAAAUACUUAUCCUAGUAUCCGCCUUCCUAAAUAUAUCAAUUUUCCAAGUCUCAAGCGCCUUGAACUUUCUAAAUUUGAUUGUAGCAGUGAGUGCUGGAAUGAGGAACUCUUUUCAAAUUCACCUGUCCUUGAAGAACUGAUUCUGAAAUUCGGCAUUUUUAGUAUGAGGAAUUUCUCCAUUUCAAUCCCUACACUCAGACUCCUGAAGAUUGAUACUUCGAAAAAUGUUUUACAAGACUGUGUUUUCAAAAUGGAUGCACCGAGGCUUGUAAGUUUCACCUACUGGGGCUCUGAGGCAAAAGAAUUUGUCUUGUCCAGCUUUCUGGUUCUCGUGAAAGCAGAUGUUUGCUUUUACUUUGAUGAAGAAUUUGAUAGUCCGGAAGAAAGGAGGAGGGUACUUUUUUCCCUUGCACAUGUGAAGUGUCUUAUUGUGUGCAAUAGAACCCUUCAGGCUAUCUGCCCCAGGUACUAUGAGUCGAACUAUCUGCCGACAUUUUAUAAUGUCAAAAUGUUGAACAUAUCUGACGUAAUAAACACUGAUGAAGGACUAAUUGCUUUGCUCAAAGCAGCUCCUAAUCUGGAGUCGCUCGUAUUUGAGAUGCAUAUGGAGGAUGAAACAACAGACAGCUAUGACAAUGAAAAUGAAGGAGAUGCGGCUGAUGUUGCUGAGUGCGGAAGCAAUGAUGAGUGUGAAGACAACUAUGACGAGAAAGAUUAUAGUUCUUUGCUCGGUAUUGUGACUACUGGAUGUAUGUUUUUACACCUCAAAUCAGUUUGCUUUCAGGCAUUUACUGGAAAACCAACGUAGCUGAUGUGGGUGAAUUUGAUAUCGAGGAAUGCAAAAGCUUUGGAAAUAAUGACUAUCCGCUACUAUAAUUAUUCUGAUUGCUCUGUAAAUGCUACAAGUGAAGAACAACUUAUGUUACAGGUACCAAGAAUUCCAAGAGCCUCACCUGGUUGUGUGAUUAAUUUUGGUUCUCUAGAGAACCCGAAUGUUUAUCAGUGAAAAUAUAAGUUAGAAUUAGCUUUAUUUCAAUCUUUUAUUGUGCAUCUGGCUGGUAUCCAUGUGAAAAACCUUAUAAGAAAACAAUGAGUUGUUUUGCAUAUUUUCUUGAAAGCUACAAUUACAUUUUUUUU